AGACACAAAAGCAGAUUCAUUUUUAAUAAUAUUAAGAUAUGCCAAAUCAACUUCCACAGAUGAUCCAUAAAUUUUCACCAUAGAUUGGGCAGAAUUUGCUCCUCUAAAAUCAAAACCCUCGGGUUGGGCAUUGACUUCAACCCCGCUUUGAGUCACACUGCUCAGAAUGGCACGGACCACAAUACCUUUAGAUACAGGAUGGAUAUUCAAACAAGCAGAAGACGAGUCGUCAGGAUAUCUCCCCGUGUCUCAAUUUCCGACAAAUAUUCAUCUUGAUCUACUUGCGCAUGGACUCAUUCAGGACCCCUAUCUUUCAACAAAUGAAAAUGACGUUCAAUGGAUCGGAGAGAAAUCUUGGGCUUACAAGACUCAUUUCAAAACCCCAAAUACACACCUAUCGACAGCUAUACUCAAAUUCCACGGGCUUGAUACUUUUGCUACAGUCUUUCUGAAUGGAAAGCAAAUUCUUGAAUCAGAUAAUAUGUUUGUGCCGAGAACAGUCACAGUUACCGACAAGUUAAUGAUUGAUGGAGAUAAUGAGCUGCUCAUUGUUUUUGAAAGCGCCUUUCUCAAGGGCAAAAAGAUUGUGGAAAAGUAUCCCAAGCAUCAUUGGGGCUGUUGGAAUGGUGAUCCGAGCCGACUGGCCGUUCGUAAGGCACAGUACCACUAUGGCUGGGAUUGGGGACCAGUUAUGCUGACUUGCGGUCCCUGGAGACCUGUGGAGCUUGAGUUAUAUGACGCCAGAAUCUCAUAUAUUUCGACAACUGCAACAGUGAGUGAUGAUUUGAAGUCAGCUGAGCUCACUGCAGACGUCCAUGUAGACGGCAAAUCAACCCAUGUACUCUUUGAGAUCACCCGAGGCGCUUUUAGAGUAGCCAAGGAGAUGAUUCGAGUGGAAAGCAAGAAAAUCACAGCAACGUUUAGAGUUCAAAAUCCCGAAUUAUGGUUCCCUGCUCGAUAUGGAAAGCAGCCUCUGUAUGAACUCAAGGCUACGCUUCUCACGGAUGGAAAUUGUCAAGAUUCCUUGUGCAAACGGUUUGGUUUCCGAAAGGUGGAAGUCGUCCGCCGUGAGCUCGAUGAUAGUCCCGGAUCUUCUUUCUUCUUCAGAAUCAACAAUAUACCGAUCUUCUGUGGUGGAAGCGACUGGAUUCCUGCUGAUUGCUUUAUACCAAGACUCAAGCCACAAGAUUACCGUGAAUGGGUGCAGUUUGCGGCCAAAAAUAACCACGAUAUGCUUCGUGUCUGGGGAGGAGGCAUCUAUGAGGAGCAGGCAUUCUACGAAGCAUGUGAUGAAUUCGGUUUACUGGUUUGGCAAGACUUUUUAUUCGCAUGUGGGAAUUAUCCUGCACAUCCAGAAUUCCUGGAGUCGGUCAAAGAGGAGGCUGAGUCCAAUAUCAAAGCACUAAAACAUCAUCCAUGUAUCGUGAUAUGGGCUGGGAACAACGAGGACUACCAAUACCGAGAGAGCGAAGGACUGGACUACGAUCCAGACGACAAAGACACUCAAAGCUGGCUCAAAGGUUCAUUUCCUGCAAGAUACAUCUACGAGAAAUUACUUGUUGAGAUAACGAGAGAUCUGAUACCCGAAACAUUCUAUCAUUUUGGUUCACCAUGGGGAGGGAAGGACACUCGAGAUCCAACCGUCGGUGACAUUCAUCAGUGGAGCAUAUGGCAUGGAGGAGAACGCUAUCAAGACUUUGGAAAGCUCUCUGGGAGAUUCGUCAGUGAAUUCGGAAUGCAAGCUCUCCCCGAUGUCAAAACCAUUGACAGCUUUCUUCCCGCAAAAUCUCAUGACCGCUAUGCCCAGUCCUUGACACUUGACUUUCACAACAAAGCCAGCGGCCAUGAGGAGAAGCUGAGCGCCUACCUCACUUCCAAUCUUCGAUAUACUUUCGAUCCAUUAGAGAAAUACAUAUAUUCUACGCAAUUAAUGCAGGCCGAAUGCCUUGCUACAGCUUAUCGACUAUGGAAACGGGAAUGGAAAGGCCCGAAUCGAGAAUACUGUGGAGGAGCUCUAGUCUGGCAACUCAACGACUGUUGGCCAGUUACUUCCUGGGCGAUUGCGGACUAUUACCGCCGGCCGAAACUUGCAUCCUACGCUAUCAAGCGUGAACUAUCCUCGAUCACUAUUGGGAUGGCUCGAAUCGUUGAAGAAAUCCCUGAAGACCAAUACACUCGCGUAUUCAUCAAAAAGGUUCACAAAGUCCAACUAUGGGCCACCAAUUUGACCUUGCAAAGGCAAGUCGUUGACGUGGUCGUCAAAGCGUGGAACGUACUCACAGGAGAGGAAAUCUUCAGCCAAACAGUUUCUCAGUACCUUGUCCUCGAGGAGAAUCGCACUACAGAGAUCCAGGAACUUUUGCUUCCGCGAGGAGGAAAAGAUUUUGAGGAAGGUAUUGAUGUUGUCUUGGCGGCGUAUCUGCUUGAACAAGGACAUAGACUUGCGCGAUGUGUCAAUUGGUUCGAGCCGCUCAAGUACGUUCCAUUGCAGGAUGCCAAUGGGAUUAAACUUGAACUGUCAGAGAAUCGGAAGGAAAUCCAUGUGUCAGCGGCUAAACCGGUAAAAGGGGUCGCCUUGGAAACGGAUGAUAUGAUACUGGAAGAUAACUGCAUUGACUUGGUGCCGGGUGAGACAGUCACAGUUGGAGUGCAGAAGUGUGGCAAAACGUGGGACAGGGAUCGUAUCCGACUUAGAUUCCUAGGACAGUCAUGAGCGAUUAAUGUACGAUUUUUCCUUAUUAAUCACGAGCAUCUG